CAUCCAUUCAUGUUUUCACGCUCGCGAGUCUCUUCCUUCCUCUCAAUCGUCUCCCUUUGCUGCAAACGCUGCUCCUUCUUCGUUCUUGCUAUUCGCCAGUCACCGAUCAACUUUUCUGUUAUUUGCUGAGGGAAUUUUCAUGCGAUUUUGGGCCAUUUUUUCCGGUGAAUUUCCGGCGGAUUUGUUGGUAUCUUUUUUCUGUGAUUGAGUAAUUUGUUAGUUGGGAUUUUGUUUGAUUUUGAUGGAAAUAUUGUUUUAUUCUUCUCAAUCCUUAAUUUGUGAUAUUUAGUCAAAGAAAAAUUUAAUUAUGUUUGACAUCUCCCUCUUCUUCCUUCGAUAAAUUCCCUGGACACGUUCUCUUUUUUUCCACCUUGGUUGAUGGGGCCAUCGACUUACCAUUGCUCCGCAGGAACCACUUAUGAAGUCACAAUGGAUCAGGAAAUUAUUGCUUUUCAAGCUUGCAAGUGUCGUGGCUUUGAUAUGAUCUUUGCUUGUAUCAGUAUAUGAUUCUGAUGCAAUAUUACUUAAUAUCAAUAAUUAAUUGGUGCCUCUUUACUGACUUUUGUGACUUCAGUGUUUAUGUUGGCCUGAGUUCUGAUAUAUAAAAGGAAAACAAUGGAAGAGAAGAAGCAUCCCCGGGUUUUUAUGGAUAUUUCUAUACAUAAUAAACGUGUUGGAAAGUUGAUUUUUGAGUUAUUCGAUGAGAUUUUCCCCUACGCUGCAGAGAAUUUUCGUGCGCUAUGUACAGGAGAGAAGGGAAUCAGCAGCAAAUUAAAAGUGCCACUGCACUACAAGGGUACUUCCUUCUAUCACAUUGUGAAAGGUGGCUCCUUUGUGAAGGGGGGUACUUUAUGGGAUUCAUUCGCAGAGCUUGGAGAUAGCAUAUAUGGUUCUCAGUUCCCAAAUGAGCCAGCUAUGUUUAAGCAUGAUAGAAAAGGUCUUUUGUCCAUAUCAAUUGCUGAUCGUUAUGCUAUUGGUUCUCAUUUUGCAAUAACGUUGAAACCGGAUGACUAUCUUGACAGGUUCUAUGUGGUUUUUGGGCAGCUUGUUGAUGGAUUUGAUACAUUGAGAAAGAUUGAAGAGUUACCUUCAUUGCCUAUUGAAGCUGAUGAUUAUGCUUCAUUGGUAGCUGUUAAAGUUGAUGAUUGUGGGGUUUAUAUUGAAGGUAGUGAUAGCAAAGCUGACGACAACCCUGAUGAUGAAAGCCUUGAAGAUGUUGCAGGGGGAAAGCGAAAGCGUGUAGAUCGUUCUCAAAAGAAUGCUGAAAUUUGCGCUCCCUUAGCUAGGCUAACGGUAUCACCGUUGCCUAAGGAGAAGAAUCCCAUGGUUUUUAUGGAUGUCUCUAUAGAUGAUCGUCGUUGUGAAAGAAUGAUUUUUAAGCUAUUCUAUGAUGUCGCCCCCUUCACUGCAGAAAAUUUCCGUGCACUAUGUACAGGAGAAAAGGGACUUAGUCCUAGUGGUCAGAUACUGUUUUAUAUAGGCUCUUUCUUUUAUCCCAUUGAGCAGGGUUGCUCCUAUGUCAAGGGGGGUGAUAUUUAUGCUGGAGGGGACUACCAAGAAUUCACUUAUACUUCAAGAUGCCCAGAGGGAUUUGGAGAAAGCAUAUAUGGUUCAAAUUUCCCAGAUGAGUCACCUACUCUUGAGCAUUCUAAAGCAGGUCUUUUGUCAAUGUCAAAAGAUGAUUGCAAAAAAUUUGGUUCUCUAUUUGUGAUCACAUUGAAAGCUGAUCCAUCCCUUGACAGUUCAUAUGUGGUCUUCGGGGAGCUUAUUGGUGGACAACGAACACUGGAUAUGAUUGGAGAAUAUGGUUUUGAGCUACCUGUUCAAAUCAUCCAAUGUGGUGCCUAUACUGAAGUUGGAAGGUGAUGCUUGAAGGAGCACAUCAAUACAUAGAAGUAGAAAUCACAGCUGCUCAGAAUACCAUUGCAAGAUUGCAACCUUUUGAUUGUUUGGAGUAGGGUUUAUUGACGUGAUGGAUCACUAAUGUAAUUGUUUCCCUCUGUUAUAAGUGGAAGUGUUGAAUCCCCGGCAUUGUGUACCCUGACCUGCAUCCACUUCUCCCUCUAUCUGAUGACAUCACUUUCUUUCUAGCGUUCUGUUUGUUCAAAUGUUAUCAUUAGCAAGGAUAAUUUGUGAUGAGCGUGCUCAUAAGGCUAGGAGCUAUUUCGGCCUUCUAUUUCAGUUCAAAUUGAUUUCUGUCAUUCAUUUAAA